AUGUCUUCUCUUUCUCCUCAAGAAACCUUUCGCCUAGGACCUUUCAUUGCCCCAAGAGUCUGGGUUGGCCUAUGGCAGCUUUCCAGCAAUGCUUGGGGUAGUGCACCAGUUUCAAAAGUACGCCAGGGAAUGGGACGCCAUGUCGAUAUGGGUUAUACGGCCUUUGCUGACCAUUACGGGAGUGCAGAACUGAUCUUCGGCCAGUUUCGAGCGUCUUUACCUUCACCAGAAAAAGUCAUCGGUGCGACAAAAUGGUGUGUUUUCGACAAGAAUGUGUCUCCCUCUCGAAGUUUCGUCCAGUCUGCCAUCGAAGAGCGCAUGGUGCGCAUGAGAACAACCAGUGUUGACUUGUUGCAAUUUCAUUGGGGCGACUAUUCUGACAAGGGUUACAUCACUGCACUGAUACACCUCGCAGACCUUAGAAACGAGGGAAAAAUUUCAGCCAUAGGCUUGUGCAACUUCGAUGCAAUCAGAACAGAUGAAAUAUGCACUGAGCUAGGCCCUGGGGUCAUCGUUUCGAACCAAGUUCAGUUCUCGAUAAUAGACACCAGAGUUCUACACGGAUUAGCUGAUGUUUGUCACAAACAUGGAAUCAAGCUUCUAACAUAUGGGACAUUGUGUGGCGGCUUCUUAUCAGAUAAAUGGCUGGGGUCUCCUGAGCCUGAUCUGUAUUCCGGAGAUCUCACGCCCUCUCAGCGAAAGUAUCUGGACAUGAUAGUGAAAGCGUGGGGAACUUGGGAGUUAUUUCAGUCGCUGCUGGUUGUAUUGCGCACGAUCGGUGAUCGUCACGGCAGAAGCAUUGCAAAUGUUGCCACUCGUUGGGUGCUAGAUCAUUCUUUUGUCGGGGCCGUCAUCAUAGGGGCGCGACUGGGACUUUCGGAGCAUCCUGAUGAAAACCGACAAAUAUUCGGCUUCCGUUUGACUCCCCAAGAUAAUGCCGUCAUAGAGACAGUCCUAGAUCGUUCCAAUGGCAGAACUAUUAUUACGUCAAUAGGCGAUUGUGGGGCAGAAUAUCGAUAA